AUGGUGGUAUGCGGUCACCUAUGUACUGCCUUUGUACCAUGGCUGCACCAGCCAGCCCAAGAUGCCAAAACCGCGCCGCACCUCUUCCAACUACCCUUCUUCCGUCUCGCCGUCGGAGGCCGUAGCGCCGUAGCCUUAUUCUUCCUCGUAACCGGAUACGUCAACUCAAUUGGACCUAUUGGCAAGUCGCGUCAGGGAAACCAUGAUGCGGCCUUCCACGGCAUUGCACGAAGUGCACUCGCGCGCUCAGGAAGGCUGAUUCUCCCCACCAUGGCUGCGACAAUCGUUACGUGGUUCAUGGCGAAUACGAACGCAUACCAUAUGACAAAGCAUGUCGAUGCGCAGUGGAUACGGCAGGGUUGGCACCGACAGGAGCCUACGUUGUGGAUGGCCUUCAAGUCGCUCUUCAGGGCGCAAACCGAGACUUGGACAACUGGCUGGGACGAGUACGAUGGCACACAAUGGACGCUGCAUUUGUUCUUGGAGGGCGCGUUCUUGGUCUACACAACCAUGCUUGCUACAAUUCUGGUCCGACCAAAAGCACGUUUCAUUGUGUACGGAGUCAUGUACGCCUACUUCUGGCAAGUUGGCAAAGACCUUACAGUUGGCUCGAUCAAAGGCCUCAACAUCGUCACAGGCAUGUUCGUAGCCGAGUUACACAACCACUACAAGGACGCCGCCACUUCUGUCCUACCCGCACCCAUCCCCGCACUUAUGAUAAUCUGUGGCAUGUUCAUGGCGGGAUUCCCUCAAGAUUCGGCCAACAACACACGCUGGUCGCACACAAUGGCGACAAUCAUGCACAGUCUGACAGCCGACAAGACGGAUAUCCGACGAUACUGGGACCACCUCGGCGCUGCCUUCGUCCUCCUCGGAAUCUUCUUCUCGCGAAACGCCCGUAAACUCCUCACAUCACCUGUUUUCAAUUUCCUCGGUCGCGUCAGUUUCCCGGUGUACUUGCUGCACAACACAUUCAUCAAGUCUGUGCUUACCUGGAUGAUCUACCUACCUUCCGCAAUGAACCCGCCCAAGAACGAAAAGGGAGAGCAACAGGACCUCCAACGUGGAUCGACGACACAUAUCCUCAUUGCGAUUGCGGUCUUCUACUACAUCCUUUACCGGAGUGCAGCACUCUGGGUUAAGCACGUUGACCCAAUAUUCGCGACCAUGGUCAACGCAGCCACGAAAUGGGCAUAUGGCGAGCCACAACAGAAGGAAAGCCGCCCGAUACUAGGGAACGGGAACGCCACGACUGACAAGAGCGUCCUCCCUUCAUAA